GUGCACACACGGGUCGGGUCUGCUCCAGGGAUUAUCUUAGCGCUCUCAGAUCUGAUGGAGGACACGCAGGCAUGAAUAGGGCCAUUCUGGUGUCAGAGCGAGCUCAUGCCAGUGAUGGACUACAGCCGGACAGGCGCUAACCUUAGCUGGCAUUCACGAAACAGCACUCCUCCUUACUGAGACCAGCUCCACAGAAUGCUGAGUCCCAUUGUCCCCUAUAGCUUGUUGAAGAUGCACUGGAACCCGGAGCAUGCCCAGCCCCUCAGCCAGUGGCCUGAGCAGCACCUGGACGUGUCCUCCACAACCUCUUCUCCGGCCCACAAGUCGGAGUUAUACACUGGUCGCAGCCGCGGUUCCUACAACUACGCCUGGGCCAAUGACGACAUCUCUGCCCUCACGGCCUCCAACCUGUUGAAGCGCUACGCCGAGAAGUACGCUGGCGUGCUAGACUCGCCAUAUGACCGGCCAUCUACCGUUGGCGCCUAUGCGGAGCCAGGGGCCUUUGGGAGCCUCAAUGGCCAGAAGACUGAGCUGGAGCACUGGCCACUGACGCAUAGCACUGAUGGACCCUAUUCCCUGGUGCCCCCUGGGAGCCAUGACAGCCUCUCAGGGUCCAAGGCUGUAGCCACAUCAGCAGGCCUUUCAGGUGUUAGCAGCGUGUCAGUGGUCAACAGUAACCUCUCAGACUCGGGCUACAGUGGCAGCAGCUCCUGCAGCGGCUCCCACUCCAGCGAGUACCCCCCUAGUUACAACGGCACCUAUCUUUCCUCAGGGUACUGUCCCCAACCCAGUGCAGCACUUCCCCCUGCCUCCCUUCACACUCUCCAGCCCACCCCAACCCUGGUGCCCAGCUAUAGUCCUACCACGCCUGUCUAUAACUACCCCCCCAACACAUACACCCACCAGACCAGUCUUGCACAAAGCUACAGCCACCCCUCUGCCACCUACCUGCCCUCGGGCCUGCCAGCCCCUACUCCCAUGCCCUCAAGAUCCACAGUGGUUGGAGGGAGUUACAGCUACCAGAGUACCAACCUUGGGACAGCUGAGUCUGGAGGGUCGUUAAAGAGGAAAGCAUUUGACAUGAGUCUAGAAGAAGAUGAUGACGGGGAUGGCUCUCGCUACAGGAAGUAUGGCUAUGAUCCUUUGAAAGCCGGGGGGAACUCGCCCUACAGUGUGACUGAGAAAACGGAGUGCCGUGGGAAUGGCUUCAGCAGCACAGGCAGCACAGACCCUCAGACCUUCAAGCCCAGUAAACCUUCCUCCCAGCCCAUGGUGUCUCCACAGUAUGGGGUAGCAGGGGAGUACAGCCCCCCGCCGGGCAUGACAGGGGAGAAUGGAGGGGGGGAGCAGGGCUUCACCCAACAGCAGCAGCACCGCUCCCAGGCCCACAAACGAUCCACACUGUGUGGUCCCACUGGUGAGACUCUGAAGAGCCCAGACCCCCGAUUGCUGGACCUUGUCAAUGGGGAGCUAUUGGACUGCAGUCCUGCUCUGGGCUGGGGGGAGCUGGCUGGGCUCACCCAUGUCAAGGCAGCCCUGGAGGAAGACCUGCUGUGGCCUGUGUUGAGGCCCAGCCCAGCAGUGCGGCCACCCAGAACCGUCCUGCUAUUCGGCCCCCGGGGAGGGGGGAAGACCACGUUGGCUCGUUCCUUGGCUUCACAGCUAGGGGCUUCCUUCUACCGGCUGAGCGGGACCAUGCUGGCCUCUAAAGGGAAGACAGAGGCAGAGCACAUUUUGGGCGCUCUAUUGCAGAUGGCCGGGGCACGGCAGCCCUCAGUGUUGCUGAUCACCCAGGUGGAGGCCAUGGAAGAGGAGGGGCUGAGACAGACUCUGCUGGCCACCCUGGAGAAAGCCCAGGUGGGGACCACAGGUCUGGUGAUUCUUAUAUGUGCAACCGGCAGGCCAGACCUGCUGCAGGAUGCAGUCCAUCGGAGCUUUGCCAAGCGUUACCACGUUAGCCUGCCAGAUGUGGGUAUGCGCAGACAGGUACUGCUGCAGGCCCUGGCCCCCCAGGGCUACAGCCUGAGUGAGAGGGAGCUGAGCGCUGUGCUGCAGCGCACUGAGGGCUUCUCGGUGUGGGAACUGCUGCAGCUCAGUCAGCAAGCACUCAACUCAGCCUCCUCCUCCACAGGGGCCAUGCAUGGCCUAUCCACGCCCACCACGCCCCCAGCCUUCACAGACUUUGAGAAUGCCUUUUGCAAGGUGCGCCCACACACCACCCCAAAAGAACUGGACACUUGUAUAGAGUGGAGUAAGGUGUAUAGCCACUGAGAAAGCAGCCAGCCACUGUACUGGGACUGCCCUAUGACCCUGUCUUUGCUUUGACAUGAGAAGCCUUGGGAAUGUUUUGUUGUUGUUUUGUAAUUACCUAUUAUGCAGCCAAAAGAGUUAGAGGAGCGCAAAGAUACAAGAGAGCUGAUAAAAUUGUUUUACUGGCAUAAGCAUGCCAUGGUGUGCUGUUUUGUUUUUGCAAUGAAUAUACACAAUAUUUUAUUUUUCCCAAAGAAAAAAAGAUAAAUAGGCCUUGCUUGUUGAGUGGGGUAGUGUAUUAGUUAAUUGGCCAAUGGGAAUAUUAGAUAAAUAUUUGGAUGCUCUCAGAGAUCCUGAUUAGCCUUGGUCCAGGACACAAUCAAUUAUUUGUUGCUAGGUGACGUGGUCCAAGAUUAUGGAUAAUCAGGGUUUGGGAAAUCCCCUUUUGACUGCUACUCUCAGGAUCCUAUUUAUUGCCAGUCCACUCCCGUGGUAUCCUAGUUUUGAUUUAGUCAUUUUAUUGCCACUCAACAUUUAGUAUGAAGGGCUUAGGAUCUAUAAAAUUUCAGCAAACCACAUUGUUUUUGACCAAAUACAUGUAUAAUCAGCAGCGCUGUUAAAUUUUUCAAAACAGCCAGAUCUUCUAUCACAAUUAAUUAAUCGUUAUAGCUUCUCACCAAAUUGUAGCAAUUAACAACAUAUUCUGUUGUCGUUGUGCUGAAAAAACAAAAACAAAAUGACUUUUAUUAAAUCCGAUCAUGUGGCUGCUCUUUGUCAAAGCAUGCAACAUUACUGGUUCUCCUGGGCUGAAAAUGUCACAUUAUUAUUGCCAUUUUCCAGGAAUACAUUUGUUCUAAUAACACUUUGCAGUUGUACUUGACAUUUUUUGACAACAGAAAUACUUUCUAUAUAUUCUCACUUAACUCACAACAGUAAUGGUACUACACUCAGAUAUAAAAUGGUACAAUGCACAGAAACGAUACACUUUUUAAAUGCUUUGUUUACUGUCCAUAACCUUCACAUACAUUUGUUGUUUAUCUUACAUUCCUCACUGAGUGCAGUUUUCCUGAGAAUCCUUACAGUACAGCCCUUAGCCACCUGCACACCCAGCUUCAACAGUAUGUCUGUUUUCCAUUUCACUUGCUCCUUUUGUUUCUUAGUAUGUAGUCUUGUUUGAAAUGCUCAGGAAGAAUUUCUUUACCUCAGAAAUAUGAAAUAAAGAAUGUAUGUAAUCUUAGGGUCUUAGUAGAGAGUGGUGUGGAGCAAGGACAGGGAGAGAGAGGAGAAACCUGACACAGUCUUGUAAUACCCACUGCAGCUGGGCUUUUACCUCGGGAGAGAAACUUGAAUAUGCUACAAAGAGUAACAUUGAAUGUAAUUCAGGUAUUUCAAAGGAUAUUUGAUGCCAUAAAUCCAUGUUUUAUUAUAUAUGAAUAUAUAAAUACAUUUUCUUUUCUUUUCUUUUAUCCUUUAUUUUUAUUGUAGAUUUUGGUGGAGUGAUGGUUGUCUUCAAGAAAUGUUAUGUAGAUUACAGAAAAGAUUCCUUUUUUGUUGGACAGACUGCUGGCAAAUCACCACAGUAUUGAGUGUUUACAUAUCCUGUGUAUGCAUGUCUGCUGGUUGUAGCGUUAUGGCUGCAAAUUAUCAUUUGAUAAUGUAAAUAAAACACACACACAUACACAUACACACACACACACACACACACACACAUACUCACACACAGUUGUAUAUGUGCGCUCAGUUGCACUGACCAUUUGAGCACAAAAAUAUAUAGUAUUCAUGGGGACAACAAACAAACAUGGUUGGAAGUCUUCUGUAGUUAUUCAGCAAAUCUAAAAAACGAUAGCUACUAAUAUGUACAUAUCGUGGAUAAACCCAACAUGCAGACAAUCCAGAGAGAACCCCCGUCUUUCCACCAAUCGUACAGUUCUGUUUUAACAAGCUGGAAAAACCUGGUCAUUGGACUGCAUGUACUGAGGUCAUGCCUGUUUGACUGUUGCCAUGGUCCUGAGGAAGUAUACAGAGAAUGAUGUAAUAUUUCCUACUGCCCUUUCUCCCCCUCUCUCUCGCUCCCUCUUUAUUUUUUUCUCUCUCAUCAUUCUUUUUUCUCUUUUUCUCUCCUCCUCCUUUCUGUCUCCCCAAUGCAAUCUCAUUAGACUGGAUUGCCCCCUAGCCACAAGCCCUGAUGGCCGUGUGGCGUGUAUCCCCCCUCCAAACCACCCCCCUUCCCUGUUCCCGAUUCCUCUGGAGUGGAAGUGGGCUGAUUGAUGUCCAGCAACCCUAUAUCACAGUUCAGCCUUCCCUCUACAGCUGGUGACUUCAGUCAUGCCAUACAGCCAGAUCAAUCAGAGUGACCCCCUCUGUGCAUACUGAUCACUGCUGAAGAAACUGAAAACACAUCUACAAAUUACAGGACAGCCUCUGCCUCAAGCAGCCACUCAGACACGGCCCAGAUAAUGCAAGUGAUUUUUCACACGUAAUUACAGAGAUGAAAUAAUGAUGAUGACUUAGAGGUACUUCAAGUGGCCACAAAAUACACACACUUUGAUUACCCAUUGUUGUCCCUGCUACUCCCUCCCAACGGUUUGUCCAACAAAAACAGGCAUUGUUAGAUGUUUUGCUCUGUUAUCACGGUAACUUUGUUCUUGGUUCUUGUACAUUUUCUGUAACCAUUUCUACCUCAUUUUUGCGGCAUAUUGUACAUGAAAAUAUUUAUUUCAUGUCUUUUUUGAUGUCUGUUUUAAAAAUGAUAUGUUCUUGAACUGUAAUGGUCUACCUCAGAAAAGACUGUAUUUUAAGAGAAGAGUAUCACACAAUAUUAAACAGAAU